UACUGAUGGUGGCUGCCGGAAUUCACACACACAUCCUCUCAAAACCACUCGCUGACUUUGGAUGAGGAGGAGGAGGAGGAAGCCGGCUAAGGAAGGAGAGGGAGAGCUGGGGCCGAGGGGAUUCGGUGAGGACUGUGGGAACGUAGCAAUGCCAUCAAGAGGCAGAAGAGAAGUCUCUUUCUAUCUGAGUCCAUGUCUCUUCAGUGUUCCCACAAGCGUCGUCAGCGUGCCGUCUGCUGUUCUACCUCUGGAUUUAAAUCCGCCGGAUUACCGCUCGGACUCCCACAUCUUUGUUGGAGGCUGCCGCGUUUAAAAGGGAGGCAAAGUUCCUCCGUGGACUGCACAAACGAUGACAAACACGUUGUUUUUUCUUGCUUCUUCAAUAGCUUCCUAGCAUUAAAAAUGAUUUCACUUUUCUGGAGUGAAAGUCUUUUUAUAUGUGGAAUUCUUUUUUGUAUUGCUUCAAAGUAGGACUAGUUUUUGGCAAUAUGGGAUUUUGAACUUGUCCAUAGAGGGAUUUCUGUUGGUGUUAAAAUGUGUGACGAAAACAAUAUAUAUCCUCAUCUUCACCCUUUUCCAAAGCCAUCCUUGCUUAAUAAUAUUAUCAAAAUGUGACUGUAGCACUUUUCCUCUAUGAUAUCAUAGUGUCAGUGUGAAGAGAGUACAUUGGACUGCAGGUGAACUUUAAUCUCUCCCAGUUCUUCCAUCUCCGAGGGAACCCUCCCACUAAACGGUUCCCUGUUAACCCACUUAGGGUUCCCCUGGGGGGGCUUCGCUACAACCUUUCGUCCUACUCCAGUUUUUGCGCAAAGCAAAAGCCACAGCGGCAAAAGGGGCACUGAGAAGGAAGACACCCCCCUCGCAAAGUUGAGAGGGGGGUGGGAAGAUGGCAGCUCUCGCUAGCUCACUCAUUAGACAGAAACGGGCGGUCAAGGACGACCAAACCAAUCGACCGGUAGCCAACAAGCGUAAACCCUGUCCAAAAAGCAACAAGUCCUUGUGCCAGAAACAGAUCUUGGUUCUCAUCUCCAAAGUAAGACUGUGUGGGGGUCGCAAAGGUCGGAAUGAGAAAAGACCAGAGCCGCAGCUGAAAGGCAUUGUAUCCCGCCUGUACAGCCAACACGGAUACUACCUACAGAUGCAGCCUGACGGCACCAUGGACGGUACAAGAGACGAGAGCAGCUUAUUUUCGCAGUUUAACCUAAUUCCUGUGGGACUGCGGAUUGUGGCAAUACAGGGUGCGAAGGCGGGGCUGUAUCUUGCCAUGAAUAGCGACGGAUACCUCUAUACGUCUGAUCACUUCACUCCGGAGUGUAAGUUCAAGGAGAGUGUGUUUGAGAACUACUACGUCACAUACUCGUCCAUGCUCUAUCGGCAGACCCAGUCUGGUCGCUCUUGGUAUAUCGGUAUCAACCGUGAUGGCCAGGUCAUGAAGGGUAACCGGGUAAAGAAGAACAAAGGAGCUGCACACUUCCUGCCUAAAGUUAUCGAGGUCGCGAUGUAUAAGGAGCCAUCGCUACAUGAGCUCACAAGUGAGCCUGUGAGUCCUCCGCGGAAGACAACCAAAACAUCCGAUUCCCCGUCCUUGAAAAAUGGACGGAAAGAAGCUCCCAAGGCUGACGCCUCAUAGCACAGGAGACAGAGGGUGGGUCACAGGGCAACAGCGACACUUGGAACACAGUCAGUCGCCCAUCACGUGCGCAGGACGGCUGGGUGAACGGCCCUCAUGGUCCACUACUCCAGAAGUGCACUAUAAGAUGCUGAGGGAUGAAGGGUGAGCAGUCCAUCAGCAGACAACAGGAUGAGAGAGGAGCACCCCACCCCCACCCUUGUCACCACAGAAUGGCAGACCUAGACCCUGGCCCUAACAAAUUUCACACCCAUCCCGAUGUUUGUCUCCUACUCAGCCCCUUCGAAUUUCCUGAUGCAAAGGCUGCUUCAUUUCUCUCGCCUCGUCAUGCGUCAUUGUCACUCUGACACUUUUGUCUUUUCUCCCAUGCCUACGCAGCAUUUGCUCUAUCGCAACGUGAUAUUCACCAUUCACACGCUUACGGAGCGGUCCCGGCUUCAUAAUCCUCAGCCAUGAGCCCGCUCUUGAUCCCUAAAGUUGGUGACCGUGUCGCCCUGCCGGCUUUCCCCGCACCAUCUGCCGACCAGCUCAGCUAAUCAUCAAGGUCAACUACAGCUCAACAAGAGAUGAAAAGGCUCAGAGUCAAGAUGUCAACUGGAAUCCCGGGUCACAUCAGGUCAUCAGGGAGAAAGCGAUGACAGAACAUCAGCAAGUCUACGCCUUCAGCCACCCAAGAGCCACCAAUAUUUUUUAUCCAUUGUUUUGAAGAAACCUAUAUUAAUUCCACUAGCCCCACAAUACAAAUUAAAAUCCAUGACUUCUCAGCAUUCUGUAAUAUGGAAAUUAUUCCUGUUAAAAAAAAGUGAAUAAAAUACAAUACAAGCAUCCACUAAUCUUCUAAAUACAACCCAUGAGAUCUUAAAUUAGAGUCAUAUUGGGGCUAUAUAUCAAUAAGUGUAUAGACAGGGACAAAAAAAUAUAUGGAUCUGGAUCAAGAAGCCAGGGGAUACGUCCGAAAAAAGAAAUAAAAACUGACUGAGACAAGAGAAUAAGUGACACUCUUUCCAGCCUUUCUCCCCAUCAGGUUAUCACUUAUCUCAAAGGCUGCACAUGAACAACCGCGUCAUAUUUUCAAUCCAGUGUGGAUCAGAAGCUAGUCAUGUGAAAACGAGCGGAGGUAUACACCUCACUCGGCAUCUGCUGUCAGCAGAAAGCCGUGUUUGAAGGCAAACAUCAAAGCCAGAGGAGCCUCGGAGCGGGAGCACUUGUUAUUCUGACGAUGUCUGGCAGCUUAUCCGCCCGCUCGCUUUAUCAAAUCACCUUGGAAGAAUCGCCCUCAAAAAUGGAGCUGUCUGAGUGGAUGUCUUGGUGUGACUGUGCCGUAACCCUGGUGUGUAGAUGUCUUUGACUCUGUGGUGACACUUUAAGCGUGUGGAUGAGCGUCUGUGCAAGGGAAAGAGAUACUGCAGGUAACCUUAACCAUGUCAUUCAGAAAGAACACAACGCUGUCAGUAGGGCAACGGGAGAAUUUCCAUCAACUGUUUACUUGCGAACACACAGAAGGUGAUACAUUAAAAUCCUUUUUUUUUUUUU